AUGAAUCAUCCACCGCCGAAGCUGCUCACUGGCUGUGAUAGGUUUUCAUUCAGCGGCGUUGAUUGUGGCCCGGUGUGCCGAAGUGGCAUUAGCUACCCGGUAAGCACAUCGUUGCUACGCCCUCCGGUCCUGAAUUCCGAGGAUUCGCCUUCACAACUGUCCUCGACGUUGCCUCCAUUUGACUCCGUGGCAUACGAGAACGCCGCUGCUGUGCGCAAUAUCUUUGGCGUCAACGACCAGCAUAUGUACGUCGGUACGCCACCAUGCAACGUUACCGGUCCGCCGCCACCGGUUGGUUUUCUGCCCAGGGUAUCGUACAAUAGUUUCCUGUUGAACUCGUCUCCUACUGCAUCUGACUGCUAUUCGGGUCUGUAUCCUGGAAGUGGUCAGUCUGGGUCGCUGUCGAGUACGUUCUUGUCGCCGGUGAUUGAGCAACAGCAGAAGAGCGUUGCGGCCCACGGUGCCGCCGGUGGCUUGAUGUACCACUUUCCUGGGUCGCAGCGUGCCACCCCCUCAUCAGAGCCGUGCCAUGACUCCCAACAUGCUGUGGUCGAUAGUCACCUAAAAGCUUUCGGAGACACAAAUUUUUUCAGUGAACGGGUUGUCCCUAACGGAAACUAUACUUUCGCCACUGAUGCGGUUUCGACCUCUCUCACUUCUUGGCCGGAGCAACACGCGGGAACCGGCGGCGGCCAAGGCUGCAACGGUUCCGGUAUGGACAUCUUGGCGCAGUACUACUCACACCACGUGCAUGGCGAUGACCGAGCUUCGGUCGUAUGCCCGAUCCUUUCAUCUGGUCAGUCGUCUCUAAACCCAGAUUUGGCGGCGGCGAUGAGCGGCGUGGUCGAUUAUUCGAAGUUUUUCCCGAAGGUCAUUAACCCGUCGGUCAGUGACCAUCAGCAACAACAGCAACAACACUUUCUCUCUCCGGAAACAUCGACGUACUUCAGUAAAGUCGCCGCCGCCGUCAAUCCGUACUUAGGCAGAGCUACCGGGGCAUUUCAUCGUAAUUCGCAUGCCGGUGGCACGUUUCCCAACUACGUUGUGGAUUAUGACCGCCAACAGCAGCAACAGCUACUGAAGCAGCAUCGACCGUCAUCCGGUGGGGUGAUCGUCAAAUCUGAGGUUUCGUUGAUGGCGGCUGCUGCUUCGCAGUUGCCAAAUAUGAACGAUGUAGCCAAUUACAACAUGGCGGCGAAUUUCAGAGGUUCAGCGGAAGACGUGGGUUCCAUGUUACUGAGCCAUGGGUUUCUUCCAGCCAACAAGUUGAUCACCAAUCCUUCUGGUUCUUACGCAGUGGCUGAGGCUGUCUCUUCCGACGACUUGAUGGCCAUGGAACGGUACAAGUACGUGCAGCAGAUGGGUGCCUACGCGGAACAGGGAUCUCCUUUUCAAAGGACUAAGCAGGCGGCUGACUUGCGUCAUUUUGUGAAAGUCGAAGGCGCCAUGCUAGAAGACCAGUUUUUGCCGUACAUCGACUCUUCGUCGACGGUCGUCAGGAGCUGUGAAUCCGUUUACCACCAUCCGGCCAACAACAGGUCUGAUUCGACGUCGUGUCGUCCCGAGGAUUCGACAAGCCCGGUCGUGUUCCAGCCAUUGACUGACUUUGACCCAGUGGAAGCUGGUGGUGAAAUAGGCUCAGCGACGGCUUGGAGUAACGACAAGGAAUAUGCCGAAGUGUUCAUCCCGGUACCGUGUUUGCAAUGCAACGACGGUGUGCACAAGGUGCCCAUCUACAAGCAGCACCAGCCACGGAAGAUCGAGCAGCCGUGUACCCCGUGCAGCGAAGGCUCCCCUUAUAGCUUUACGGACGACGAAGAGGUGGCCUGUCACUUCAGCCCCGUCAACUUGCGUUCCUCGUUUCCACAUGUGGACGAUUUGUCUAGGGUCCAGCGGAAGCACGACGGCGGCUCAUCUCGACGACGACGUUCUUCUCGGUCAGAACAACUUGCUACUCCCGCCACUACCUCUUCGUCCUCUUGUUAUUCAGUGCCCUACAACACGGCGCCAAGAAAGCGGUUGAAAACCGAAAAAGACUUUUGCUUCCAGCCGGAUUCCGCCUGGCUGACGGGUGCUCUGAAGGCGGCCGCGGCAGCUGAAGGUUUAAGUAAUCACAGUCUUUCAGCUUCAGCACCGUCUGCUGACAAUCGCUUCAAUGCCAGAACUAGUGAUGCCGGUGAUGCUCCUCUCACAAACCACUCAUCGCCUUCUUCGCAAGCCGGCGACUCAAGCGAUACCUAUCACCUGGCGUCGACCUCUGCGGCCUCUACCUCUUCUUCGUAUACCACCACUGACGGUGUAAUCGCCGACUCUUGGUCUCAGCGCUCCCAACCACGGAUCGUCAUUCGUAUCCCGAAAUAUGCAUUGGCGACCGACGACAUCAGAGACCACACUGUUCCUUCGUCUUCAGUUGUAACCGAACAGAUCAGCGGCAUGGUUCUUCCUCAGAGCGGUAUUUCUUCCAGCAGCGUUCCUCCGGUCGAGUGCUCGCAGCCGGCGUCAUUCACUUCUGCCUGUACAGACAUUCCCAUUGUGCCUCCGAACAGCCGAACGGAGUCGCGAGCCUCAAGUACCAGUGGAAACGAAGGCGUUAUGGCCGUGAAAGAUGUACAUUUUAUCGAAGGCGGGUUCAGCGGUCGCAGCGUAAAGCACGGCGACGAUGAUCAAACAGUUGACACCGUUCUUAGCCUGUGUAAAUAA